ACAAGUUAGUUUGAGUUAGGUGCCCAUUUGUAAUGGAUGGACGCAUUGUUAGUUGUGUUUUUCAAACGUGGACAUUUCUUCGAUGAGUAAUUGAAGUUUUAUUAGGAGUACGGUGCACACGAUAUAAUAUUUUGCAACAAUAAUGUGACACAUUGAGAGUACAUUCCAUCCACCACAAAAUUCAAUCCCAGUGCAACAUUUAGAUGUACCAUGUUAUUUGUACAAUAUUCGGUCGGCUCAAGGAUUCACUAACGUCAGUGACCUUCUUAAAGAAAACAUUUAAUUUGAUUCGAUAAAUCUUACCUUCAAUAACAGGGCAUAGCACCUAUGCUCAAUAUAAAUCAAAUCAUUUCUGUUUUUUUUGCAAGCGGUGAAUUAAGUGCAAAUUGAAUUGUGGCCAAGACAUUUUACGAUCAACAAUUUUCAGAUUUUUUUUGUAGUGUUAGUGAGUAAUAUACGCUUCCAAAAAGAAGUAACAACAACAAUCAAAUUGUGAAAGAAAGAAGAAUGUUUUUUAUGCAGAACGAAAACAAAAUACGAAUAAAAUAAAGAGACUGAAACGAAGCACCGUCACCUCCAUACAGAGUUGUUCACGAAAAGCAUCCGAAUAAAAAGAUAGUAAGAGUUGAAUACACCUCAACCCAAAAAAAAAAAUGAAAUAAAUAAACGACACUGAGGGAAAAGAAGCGGCAGUGCCACAGCAACAUAAGUAAGCAGAAAGAAAAACAACAACACACAAUUGUAACCAAAAUACAUAAGAAGAACACGUCCAACCGAACGAACGAAGGCAAACCAACGGAAAAAAUCCACAGGACGCAAUCGAGAAAAAUACAUUUUCGUUAUACCAACGCCGUAGCCGUACAUUUAUAAUAUUAACACAUUACAUUUGUGCGAUUCGGGUUACUUACAAAAUGGAUUUCAAUGAUGGAGCCACCGAACAUCUUGUACAAAACACUUCAGAUGACGACAGUGAUGUUGACGAAAUUACUGAUUACUUGAACGCAAACGCAUGUGAAAAUAAGAACGAAGCGGUGUCAUCGUCAACAAAGCCGAUAUAUUUGUCUGCACUAAGUACAGAAAGAGAUUUAAAUAAUAGCAGCAGUAGCUGUAGUAGUAGCAGCACAAACUCAACUCUCAAUAACAAUCACUUUGGACUGAAGAAAACUUAUGCAGCUUUAAAUUCAACCACGAAAAUGCUUCCACAAUCACAGACGCAUCAUCAGGCGUCGCCGCCUCAACAGGAUCAACAACAGCAACAGCAUCAUUACCACGUAAACAAUAACAUGGUGCCAAUAAUUAGCGUAACUCCACAUAGUCCUGGAACUAAAUUCAAUAAUAUUCUAGAGGAUACUUUAAAUCAUCUGCAAAACAUUCGCGAAAGUGUGGUUCAAAUGAAAAACUCAACAUCUUCAUCACAUCAUAAUCAUCAUCAUCACCAUCAUCAUCAGUAUUAUAUGGCGUCAGGUUUAAUAAAUCCAGCGUUGAGUGCAUCACGUUUGUUUUCGUCAUGUCCAUCAUUACCUGAUUUGACAGCAGCUGCUAACAAUGGUGUUUGGCAAGCACAACAAACAAUCGGACUAAAUAACGAUCGCCGUAAAUCAUGGACGGCUAUUGAAGAUUUGACCAUUGAAUGUGGAAAAAAUUCCCAUAAAAGUGUUAGUCUGUCGAGUCUUGAUAGUGAAGAACAGGAAUCGUUACGAGCUGAACGACUGCACAAUCGUAGCAGUCGAAAUAGCACUGGCGGCAUUUCAACGCAUUCUCUGAAUGAAGCCGAAUUAGCACGUGAUUUUGAGCGUUUGAAUUUGAAGCGAAAUCUUGUGCCACAAAUACCGUGCAAUCGAAUGCCAUUGCAAAAAAGUAUAUCGACACCAUCGAUAGCACCGGCUCGUAACCAGAGCACAAAAGAGGAGCAUACCGUGCCGACAUCUCGACACCUAUCGGAUAGUGAAGAUGACAAUCAAGAUGACCGUUCACUGCUCUGUGUUCGCGAUAAAAUCGAGGUGUAUGAUCAUCCAGCGAAGCCAACGAAACGGCCAUCAUUAUUCUUCCGCAAGAAAAAAGAUAAAUCGAAAAAUAAAGGACAAUCAACAAAUUGCGAUGGUUGUGGUGCUGUAAUUAAUUUAUCAACUUACAAGGAGCAUACAUCGGAAUGCAAGGCCAAAUUGACGAAGAAUCAACAAAAUAGCAAAAGCUCCAGCAAGAAAGCCUCAAACAGCAGUCAUCACAAUUCGCAAAUUGAUGACCAAGGCCGUGAUUAUUAUGAUGGACACAAUCAUGAUCAUGCAAAUUAUUCUGAUGAGACACCGUUGAUUCCGAAUGAAUUCUUACACGAACCGCAUAUAACAGCUCAAGACUUGGGUGGUGAAACAAUUCUUGGAUUGAUGUUGGAAAAUGAACCAGAUCUAUGGAUACAAGCAGUUCCAAAUGAAGUGAAAAAAUCACUUCGAGAAAAACAGGUACGGUCCUCAAAUCUGAACCUAAUCGAACGUCAGGAAUGCAUUUACGAGUUCAUAAUGACAGAGAAGCAACACUGCCAGAAUUUAUUGUUGAUCCAAAAAGUGUUUGUCGAAAGUCUGGAACGUCAUUUCAAUCAAUUGAACAGAGAUCGUCUCUUUCCGCGUCUAGCUGAUUUAACUGAUCUUCAUACGGGAUUUCUAAAAAAGUUGCGCCAAAAACAGAAGAAAAGUUAUGUGAUUGAUAGCAUUGCCGACCAAAUGAUUGAUUUCUUUUCAAAUCAAUCGGAAAAACUAAUAAGCGCAUAUGGUGAAUACUGUUCCAACCACAAUACAGCGUUGAACACAAUCAAAAGCUAUCAAACCGGCGAUCAACGAUUUUCAGAAUGGUACAAAUAUAAAGAGUCGAAUCCGUUGCUCAAACGGAAAGGUCUGAAUGGUUUUACAUUGUCGGUGUCACAUCGUUUAACAAAAUAUCCCAUUUUAAUCGAUGCUCAAAUAAAAAAAGUUGGCAAUGAUGAAUUUGAACGCGUAAAAUUAGAGGAAGCCAAACGAUUAAUAAAAGAGAUUUUAGAUGAUGUGAAUGCGUGCGUGGCGGAGAGAAACAAAGAAGAUCGACGAUUAGACAUUUUCAAGCGUAUUGAUGCUAAAUCAACGAUUAUGUUCAAAAAUAAUAAAUUCCGCAAAUCGGAUAUCAUGGAUAUGAGCCGUAAACUAAAAUUCGAAGGUUUGGCAACAUUGGUUACGCCGCGCAUCAAAUCACUUGAAACACCCGUUACAGUUGUUGUACUUACCGAUUGUUUGCUAUUUUUGCAAGAGCAAAAUCAGAAGUAUACAUUUUUUGCGCCGGAUACAAAGGCUGGCGUUGUGUCUCUGCAAAAGUUAUUGAUACGAGAAAAAGCUGGCGAAUCGCGAAGCAUUUACAUAAUAUCGACUGAUAUCAAUUAUCCAGAAAUGUACGAACUUAAAGUACAACAACCGAAAGACAAAACGGAAUGGAUUAAAACGAUUCGAGCGGCGGUUCAAGAAUGUCCGUUUGAAGAAACAGAACCAGACGACCAUUCAAAUGCAGAACUAAGGCAGAAAAAUUUAGAGGCAAAACAUGCUAAUAUUAGGGAGCUCAUCGCAUUGGAAGGAAGUCCACUUCAAGAAAAAUUACGUAUGAAAGAUAUUGAGCAAGCGCUAUUACUAGAAGAAAAAGUUCGAUUACACGCUACUUAUUUAAUGGAAUCUGGUGCUCGUAACAUCUCCGAUCCGGAUUCAGCUGAAGCAUUUUUAACAAGUUGUGGAUCGUACAAAGACCUCAUUACAGAUAACUGUGAUAAUGUUGAGAUAUGCAGACGGAUAUUUCAUACCAUACAAGAAAUUAGCCAGUUGGCAUCAAACUUGCACAAAGCGGCAACGGGCUAUGAAUUGCCGUCACGUUCAUUUAGUUCAGUUGGCGAACGUCACAGUGACCAAUACCAAUCACCAAAGUUGCCCACACGAGCCGAAACAUUUGGUGGCUUCGAUGAACGUCGACAAAAACAACAACAGCACCAUCUUCAUCACUAUCAUCCACCGGCAAAUCAGCUUUCAACAAAUCCACCGGGAAAUUGGCAUGAUUCAAUCAUUUCAACUAUAAGUAAUACGACAAUAAAUUUACAUAAUAGGGACAAUCAGGAAAAACGAGACUCAUGUUCAUGGGGUGAGACUGACACAUCAAUUACAUCGUCUAAUUCAAACACCACGCUUGGCAUAAAUACAAAUCCAAACAAUGGCAACAGUUCGGUUCAAAAAGACAUUAAUUAUGAGGCAUUGCAAGCAUCGCAUCAUUUAUAUGGCAUAUUGGCCAUUGUAAAUCAACAAAUGACUACAAUUGCUAGCUUAAAUUCACAGUUGAAUGCACAUCGUGAAAAUCCAAAAUCAAUGUAUCGCCACAAUGAUCAAUUGGAGGAGUUGCGCAACUUGCAAGAUAAAUUACAAGAAGAGAAAACCGAAUGGCUUAAAAGAAAAGAACAAGAAGAAAGAGAUUUAUACGAUCAGAGAAGUGAUUUAGAAUCGCAGAAAACAAAAGUUCGCAAUGAGCAAAUCGACAUUGAGAAGCAACGUGACGAAAUACACAAGAAAAUGCAAAUUUUAUCGAAUCAAGGCAUUCUAUCGUCGUCCAAUGUGGCUUUAUCACCCACCUCAAUUGUUUGUAGCAGCAGUGAUGAUGCUGGACAUCAGACACCGCAUAGUAAUAUUGGAGCUAGCUGUAGUAAUUUAACGGUCGAUGAUCAUACCGACUUGGGCGGUUCAAAUAGUUUGAGUGCUGAACAUCGACGCAAAGACAAAUGGCGAUCAGCCAGCAUAUCGAAGACGCCACCCGUUCACUUACAUAGCGCGACAAACGCAUCGAAAAUCAACCAGUCAAACAUAAAACAACAGCUACCUUUAAAGCUAUCAUCAAAUUCAAACUCAAGCACCAAGUCUGAAAAAUCCGUAUCAACUAAUUCACUUGCAUCACCUCCCAAUAUCGGGGUUACACAAUUAUUACCACUAAAAUUAGCUGAUAAAAAACAAAGCCAAGUAAUAACUCCAAAUCAUUCACGAACUGGUAGUAGUCCCGCAAUCAUUCAACAGUUUAAUAUGACACCAAGCGGCAAUCCAGCAACACGUACAAACACAUAUCCCAAAUUGCCUGAUCGCUAUCGACUUCGCAGCUCUGAUGGAUACGAUUUGAAAUCGAAUCACUCAAGUGGCUCAACAGAGCAUGAACAACAGUCAAUAUAUAAACGUAUUGGUCAGCAAUACCAUUCAUCUCCAUCAUCGCAGGCAUCAUCUUCAGCAAUAUCUCCAAGCUCAUCGAUAACUCAACAAAUGCAACGCAACAUCAGUGAUACACCAUCGUCGUCAAUUGGCAAUAAUUAUACACGGCAAAAGCCGCAAGAAACCACCACCUCAAAUAAGAAUACACAAGAUUUUUGUACGUCUGUACAAAAUACAAAAGAAGAAGAGAUUUAUUUUUGACCCCAUCAAAGUGAAGUGCAAAUCUAGAUUAUAUCACUGAUAGAAUAUGGAAAUGAAUACGUAGUAGCAGAAUAGUCAUCUAUAUAAAAGAUUAAAAUAAAAGCCUUGUCACAAAUAAAAUAUGUAUUCAUAAUUCUCUUCAAUUAGUGACAGCACAUGACAUAUAACAACAACAACAAAAAAAAAAACAAAAGACAAAAACGUUUACAACAAAAACUAAAAAAAAAAACAAUAUUUAGAUAAUACAAACAAAAUAUUUUCUCUAUCGUAUUUUCGUUAUCGUGAUCUUUGUUACAAAUAUAUUCUCAAAAUCAAGUUAAUUCUUUCGUAGGAGCCGAAUACGGUGAAUCUAAAUUGUUUCUAAGUGCUCAAUAUUGAAUCAAUCAUCUUAAUGUGAUGACACCUGUUAAAGUUUUAUGUUAAUUAUUUAAGUCCAAACUAGAAUGACACAUGGAAUUGGAAUUUAUCUGUGAAAUUAACUAGCAAUUAAUACAUUUAAACUAUCUAAAAAAAUAAAAAAAAAGAAUAAACGAAGAAAAAAAUUAAUACAUACUUACAUACAUACACACACAAUAUUUGAAACACAGUUUGCCUUCUUCAUUAUUUAUAUAGAAUUCUAUUUAUUGUAUGGCUAGUUGAAGAAUUGAGAUGUUUUGCACGCAUUUUUGCAAACCAAACAAUGACUUAUUUAAACAAAAAAAAACUUUAAAGACAAGGUCAUCUAUUUCUCCGGGCUACAUCGUGCAUUGUAAAGUUGACACGCAGUCGAUUACUCUGAUUAAGAAAAAUGCACGAACUUUAGAAGUGGGCACCUGGACCCGUGAUGAUCUAACUCUUCAUCCUUGUAAUAAAAGUUUCUUUUAACACAUCGUAAUGCAAUGGAAAUAAAAUAGAAAAAAAAUUAGUGUGUAACAUAUAUAGCAUUUCGAUUAAUCUAACUGAAUUCUUUCCGGUUAAUGUUCAAACAAAUACACAAAUAAUGCUAAAAAUAUUAAACACAAUGCGCUUUCAAAUAUUAUUUAAAAUAAUUUUUGUUUUCAGUUAUCCAAAACUAGACAAAUCAAUAUUACGCGAAAAUAUAAUCAUCUGAAUACUACAACAUUUUCAAUUAUAUAUGCUGUAGUAAAAUGUUUUGAUAAUGAAAUUAUGUAUUUUGAAAUUCGUAUUAAGAAUGCUCAAACUUCGGAAUUAAGACUUAAAAAUUUAUUUUCCAAAUCAUAAUAACCAUCAAUACAAUACUGCGACGCAUUGUUUUUAAUAUUUCAAACAUUUUUUGUGCAUAUACCAAUGUUAUUUUAGCUCAAUUCAAAAUACAAUGUGUCAAAAAUCCAUAAAAUUGGGCAAGUUCACAAACGUGCGGUUAAAUCAUCUUUUUUGUAAAUGCAUGGCAUAGUAGCAUAGGUGAUGACGAGGGUUCCUAGGGUUCGAAUUACCCCCCUAUAAAAUAAUUUUAGGAACCCUCAACAAUU